AUGCCAAAUUUCAGCCCGAUCCGUCCAGUGCGACCUCGUCAGCAAAGUCUUGGCGGGGUGCUCCGGCGGGAAGGCAACUGGAAGUGCUUCAUGCUGACCCUCAUGAUCGCCGGCUGCCUCGGCUCCGUAGCGUGGUGCUCCACCGCCGAGAUCGACAGGGACCUCAUCGACUUCAGCUCGAACCCCAUAAAGCGGACGGUGAGGGAGUCCCCCUGCGACGUGGGCUACGCGUACAUCCCCAUAGCGUUCGUGCUGCUCCUAUACCUGGUCUAUCUGGUAGAAUGCUACCAUAGCACGGCUAGAAUACAGCUGGCGAGGCGGGUGGAUGUUGCUGCUGUCAACGCCAGGGUUCAUGCUAUGAGGACUGCUACGCCCAGAGUUUGGUGGAAAGCGAUAUGUUACCACUACGUGAGACGUAAGAGGCAAGUGACCCGCUACAGAAACGGUGACGCGUACACCACCACGCAAGUAUACUACGAAAGAGUUAACACGCACAGCGCGAGCACAUCAUUCGCGCAUGCGUGCUGCGGGCAGCGAGACGCGUCUAGAAACCUGGUGCUGGACUCCAAAACUCCGAUCACAAAGGUCCGGUUUAGCAAAGGUUUCGCUUUUGCCAACAUAGAGGCCGCUAGUGAAUUCGAAGACCAAAGAUCCAGGUUCUUUGCUGAACAUGAACGAUUCGACGACUUCAUGGAAAUGCGUGAAGGGCUGGACCUAAUCGGAGUUAGUUCAUUCAAAGAAUACAUGGUAGCCUACAGGGAAGCUGACAGCUGUCCGUGGUACUCAUCACAAUUACUUUUCUGGACACUAUCUUGUCUUCUACUUUCCUGGCCCCUUCGUAUUCUUAUUGAAUGUAACACAGCCUACGUGCAUUAUACGAUUACCAAAAUAUUUGGAACCAACUAUGAGCUUGAUCCAAGUAGACAGUUGGAUUUGGACACUCAUUUGUCCGAUACAUUGCCUCCAGUAACAGCUACGAAUUACGCUUGGGCACUAGCAGACGAGCAGAGUGCAGUUCUUUCUUCUGCCCCCCGUCCACCCCGCACUCUCCCUCUAUCACACGCUUCUACUGUUGACAGUCUGGAGCUGUUCGCUGCCAUACGGGGCAACUGUGCCUUAGUUCCUUCUUACUCAGAAGCUAUGCGCAUCGACGCUGCCCUGAGAGAGGAACCCUCGGAGAACGUCAACACUGCAGUCACAAUAGACAUAGAACCAUCCCAAAGACCCAGCAGAGCUGCGGUCAAGGCUGCCUCGUUUGACGAGCCAGCGAGAAGACCUAGAGUCACUAUAGCUAGUACGCAUUCCAGUAACAAUAUUGCUGGCUCCGCAAGAUCCAACGAAGCCAAGCAACAGAACAGACGGUCUUGGGCCGGCGUUCUAACAAACACACGAAGUGCCAGACAGAUUUUAGAAGAAUUCAGAACGUCCAAUGAGGUCAAUUAUGAAGCCAUGCCUGAAUCUCGACCAUCAAAUGGCGAGGCUACUUUGUAUUAUUCUAGUGAGUUGUCGCCGACUUGUUCGAGAGAUCCGUUCGGUGGUCGAGCACAAACGACGCCAACCGACGAACCACCUUCAUAUGAGGAGGCUUUAAGAUUACCAGCGUUAAGGAAACUCACCAGAUCUAUAACUGGGACCGAAUUAGCCGGACCUAGAAGAGCUUUUUUGCGAGAUGUUCUGGCUAACAGGCGGUCAUGUUUAGAAGGUGUGGGAGUACUAUCUGGAGCUAAAGUAGUAAGGUUACCAUUUUCUGAACCCGGGGAUGAAACACCACUUUAG